CGCGCAUCUGGCACCACCGAGUCAACGGUUAUAAAGGAUGGUGGGAGAGACUCCGCAGUCCUUGGCCAGUGCGCGUGCGUCGCGUGUCUCUUGUCUCUCCCGCGCUACCUGCUCACAUUUCGGACAGAUGGGUGCCACGCAGAGCUGGAUCGUCUUGCUGACGGUCGUGUUGGGUGCGACAGCCGUUCUUGCCGCCAUUCCAGGACCUAAAAACAGACGCUACCCUGACAACAUUGUGCAGCCCAAGGUGAAGUGCGUGAAGGAGGGCAGCUUCCCCCACCCCCGGAACUGCAGCUGGUAUUACAGGUGUGUUGAUCGCAUGAACAUUGGCUUCUUCUGGACUUACUACUUUGAAUGUGAGCCCGGCACGGUGUUCUCCGAUGAGCUGGACCAGUGCAUCCACCCCUUCUUGGCUAAACCACCCUGCGGGGGACAGACCACCACCACUACCACCACAACAGAGCAAACCAUCAUUCCUUGCCAUGGAGUAGAUGGAACCUGCAAGACUUAUGAGAUCUGUGUGCCCGAAAGACGCACGAGGAAAUUCUGUGAUAAGAUCAGAUGCCCCUUGAGAACUCCCGAGCUGUCCUGUGCUGAGGGAUAUUCCUUCGAUAUGGACGGCCGGCAGUGCGACAAGAUUCCAGAAGCCUCGACCCUGUGCGGCGCCACCACCAGCAUCAACAUCACCCAGGAGGGCCAGGUGCCUUGCUCCGCCACCAACGUGAGGCCCAUGACAGAUUUGGUCUCGCGUAUCUACUGCAACGAUUUUGUGUUUUGUAACGGCAACAAGUUCGCGGGAAAAAAGAAGCUGUGCACGAACUACUACGAGUGUCAGCGUGUCGGCAACAAGUGGGAGGCGUUCCUGCGCUCGUGUCCCCCGGGUCUCCUUUACAGCUUCGCCAAUGACCAGUGCGAGCCCAAGCCCUCAGAAUCGGAGCUGUGCUAAGAGGAAUCGCAUUGGACUACCUGCAGCCAGUUUUUGCUUCCCAAUCAAAACAGCGUAACAGAUGAUCACCGCGCUUACUUAAACAUUCCCUUCCCCACACCAAGUUUAAGCUCUUCGCCUCGACAGUUAUCCUCCUCCCACUCACCACCACCGCGUAAGAAGGUCUGCAUCAAUUGACAAGGUCCAUAUAAAAUCUUGUAUAGGUUAAAGCUGCUCUUACGUAUGUCAGUAGUACACAAGUGAAUGGUUAAUACAGUACUGGUCCUGUUUUUUCCUGCACUGCACUUGCGAUGUCAGAGUGCACAGCCAGGACAGGACAGCUUGAGUUGGGGACCGUUAGCAUAACACGUAUUCCUUGCCGUGUCCUCGUGGCGUCCCAGUGGUGACGUGUGGUCUGAGAGGGGAACACAACGCAUAUUGCACAGUAGGUGACUGUGAUGGCCCAUGCUGGCUCUUGCGGGCUCAGCCAUUGGUGCUGGAAGCCGUCCCGUCCAAACCUGUCUCAAGUCUGCUGUAUAAUUAUCCUGCCUUACUUAAUGUUUAUUGGUGAUGACGAGCGGAGAUGCGGUGUGUGGAGUGUUGCUGCAUGUCCUGACUGAUGCAGCAACAGCACACACGCCUCUGUUUAUUCGCAAUGGUAUUUCAUCCGCGGAAUUUGCUGCUUUCUAGUUUUCCACGUUCCCAGCAGCUGAAUUUAUGAGUAUAAUUUGUAUCAUGCGCUGGAAACAAAUAGGAGCGGAUAAAGAAUGUGUCUAAAUAUUACAAACGAAAAUAAUUGUCUGAUAGUACAAAUUCGUAGCCUUCCUUCACUCGUGCUCCACCCGGACAGUACAAACAGAAGAUAACAGGAAAUUAAUUAUUCAUAGUGUUGAUGGGGAAUAAAUAGAUGGAAAUAGCUACUACCAGGGUACGGACCGCGGCGAGAGGCGUGGCGGGUCAGCUUGUACCGCCACCCGAGCCCCGCCAGCCAGCCACCUUGUCACACUGUCUUGUCCUCGCUCGCUAUAAGGACAGCAGAUCAUCUUAUUUUUUUUCAGGAUUGUGAUAGUUUCAUCCAUUCUCUGCCUGCUUAGUACCUCCACGCUUAUUCCUGUGGACGGUAAAUACAUCUAAAUCAUCUUCAUUAUUAUUAUUAUUGUCUACACAUCUCUUAGUGUUGACUGUUGAGUGUGUACGUCUGUGUGUGUAUUCGUGCAUCCCAACAAGUCAUCUGUUCUUUCGUCUGUGUAUGUUUCGUCCCAAAAAUAUACUCCUAAGUUA